CCCACCCACUGGAUUGCUAUUGGCUCCUCAACAAGUCCCCACCCAUCAGUCGAGCUGCCAAUCUAAACACGUCAGAAACCGGAAAUCACAAGACUCGGGAGAGGAAGAGAAAGCAACAGAAGACGGAGAGAGAAACGGGUGAAAUGGCUUUGACUCUGUUGGCUGUCUUGGUGGCCGUUGCUGCUUGUGCCCUGCCCGGGGCUAUCGCCGAGCCGUUGGUGUACAAGGACUGCGGUUGUGUGAAAGGGACGCUGGUCACCGUGGAUGUAUCUCCGUGCCCCAAGCAGCCGUGCCCACUGGUGAAAGGCGAAACGUACACCGUCAACGUGACCUUCACGAGCAAAGAAGACAGCACGAAUCUGACGGCCGUGGUCUACGGCAUCCUGCUCAAGGUUCCGGUUCCGUUCCAGAUUCCGGAGCCGGACGGCUGUAAAAGUGGGAUCUCGUGCCCAAUAAAGAGCGGCCAGACUUACACCUACCUCACCAAACUGCCCAUCAAGAAGUCCUACCCCAGCCUGAAGCUGGUUGUUCGCUGGAUGCUGCAGGAUGACAAUAACCAGAGCUUGUUCUGCUGGGACAUCCCGGUGCAGAUCACGGACGGCUGAGAUUAGUAGGGAUGAAGCAAUGGUUUCCCGGCCAGUCGCUCUCGCCUGCUCCUCUGACUGCCGUGCAGUUCUAACGCUCGCCUUUUCUGAUAAUUAAUAACAUUUCCAGGAAGCGCUCGUUGUUUUUUUUUUUUUUUUUAAUGUGUUUUAAUAAAAUCUCGAUUAACAUGUCUAAGCCAAUAAAGAAUCAACUAAC